AUGGCACCCCACGCUGACGAGACCUCCCGCAACGGGUCGUCUGCCUCCUCCAGGUAUCAUGCCUCCUCGACCAAGGGUGCAAUUGACGCCGAGCAGAAGUUUGCCGCUCACAAUUACCACCCUCUGCCUGUCGUCUUCUCACGUGCCUCAGGUGUCGACGUUUGGGAUCCCGAGGGCAAGCAGUACCUCGACUUCCUGUCCGCCUACAGCGCCGUGAACCAGGGCCACUGCCACCCUGAGCUCGUCAAGGCCCUCACAGAGCAGGCCGGCCGAUUGACGCUGAGCUCGCGCGCCUUCUACAACGAUGUCUUCCCCAAGUGGGCCGAGAAGGUCCAGCAGAUGUUCGGCUACGACAUGGUACUGCCCAUGAACACCGGAGCCGAGGCCGUCGAGACCGCCAUCAAGAUUGCUCGCAAGUGGGCCUACAAGGUCAAGGGAGUCCCCCAGGGCAAGGCCUUGGUAUUUGGCGUCGAGGAAAACUUCCACGGCCGAACGAUGACUGCUGUCACCCUUUCUACUGAUCCCGAGUCCAAGGACAACUACGGUCCUUAUAUUCCCAACAUUGGCGCCAUCUCCCCCUCGACCGGCAAGCCCAUCCGAUACAACAACUUGAAGGAUCUCGAGGAAGUGUUCGAGGCGCAUGGCAAGGAGACUGCUGCCUUCAUCGUCGAGCCCAUCCAGGGUGAAGCAGGUGUCGUCGUCCCUGACGCCCAUUACCUGGCCAAGGUCCAAGACCUGUGCAAGAAGCACAAUGUUCUAUUGAUCUGCGACGAGAUCCAGACCGGCAUCGGCCGUACCGGAAGGAUGCUGUGCUCCGAGUGGGCAGGGAUCAAGCCUGACAUGGUCACUCUCGGCAAGGCCAUCUCCGGCGGCCUCUACCCCGUGAGUGCGGUUCUCAGCAGCAAGGAGAUUAUGCUGGUCGUUGAGCCUGGUACCCAUGGAUCGACCUAUGGCGGAAACCCCCUGGGUUGCGCAGUCUCCAUCCGUGCCCUGGAAAUCAUGGAGGAGGAGCAACUGACUCAAAAGGCCGAGAAGCUGGGCAACAUUUUCCGCGAGGGAAUUGCCGCCUUCAACUCGCCGCUCGUCAGCCUCGUCCGUGGCAAGGGCUUGCUCAAUGCCGUUGUCAUUGACGAAUCGCAGGCCAACGGCCACUCGGCCUGGGACCUCUGCAUCCUGCUCAAGGAGAAGGGCCUUCUGGCUAAACCAACUCACGGUAACAUUAUCCGUUUCGCACCGCCACUAGUCAUCUCUGAGGCUCAACUGCGAAAGGCGAUCGGCAUUAUUGGCGAGGCCCUUCACGAGCUCCCUAAAAUGAAGCAGCACGAAGAUGUCCACGUCAACAUUGACAACUGA